GGCGGGGGCGGGCACAUGGCGGGGCGGGGGCGCUGAGGGGCGGCUGGCGGGGCGGCCCGCGCUCCCUCCCCGGCGCCGGCGGCUCCUCCUCUGCUCACCUCAGCUCACCCCCUGCAUGCCGGCGGUGCCGGGGGCGCUGUGGAGCGGGGCACGGGGCCGCCCGCCAUGGCCGAAGCAGGAGCGGGAAGCGCGGAGGGCACCGAGGAGGAGCGGCGGACGGCGGAAGGUGGGAGCGGGUCCGCCCGAGCAGCGGGAGAUAAGUUCUCCGUGGAUGGGAGCCCGUGCGUGGCCUGCGGAGGGCCCAGCCUCAUGAAUCCGGUCUCCAAGGCUGCCACCACCACUCCUUUCAAUGCUGCCGUGCCUGACAUUCCAAGGAAACGCAAGGGAAGUGAUUCUGAUAACCAGGAUACAGCUGAAGUUGAUGGUGAUCCUCAGAAAAGGAGUGAAGAUGAAGAACAUGUUAAAGUAAAAGAUUUCAGAGAGGCUCAUAGUCAAACAGAGAAAAGAAGAAGAGACAAAAUGAAUAAUUUGAUAGAGGAAUUGUCUGCCAUGAUACCACAGUGCAAUCCCAUGGCCCGAAAGCUGGACAAACUCACAGUGCUACGGAUGGCUGUGCAGCAUUUAAAGUCUUUAAAAGGUUCCAGUAGCUCCUACUCAGAAGUCCGGUAUAAACCUUCAUUUUUGAAGGAUGAUGAACUGCGACAGUUGAUCCUUAGGGCUGCAGAUGGAUUCCUGUUUGUGGUUGGAUGCAACAGAGGAAAAAUUCUGUUUGUCUCUGAAUCAGUUUGCAAAAUACUUAAUUAUGAUCAGGCCAGUUUAAUUGGACAAAGUUUAUUUGAUUACUUACAUCCAAAAGAUGUUGCAAAAGUUAAGGAGCAACUUUCUUCAUCGGACGUCUCGCCUAGGGAGAAGCUCGUAGAUGGCAAAACUGGCUUGCAAGUACACACAGAUUUCCAAGCUGGACCAGCUCGGCUGAACUCUGGUGCUCGACGUUCCUUCUUCUGUCGCAUAAAGUGUAGCAGGACCACAGUCAAAGAGGAGGAGUGUUUGCCCAACCCAAAGAAGAAAGAUCACAGAAAAUACUGCACCAUUCACUGUACUGGGUAUUUGAAGAACUGGCCUCCUAAUGAGGUGGGAGUAGAAGAGGAAAAUGAUGUAGAAAAGGACAGUAGUAACUUUAACUGUCUUGUUGCAAUUGGGAGGUUACACCCUUAUAUUGUUCCACAAAAGAGUGGAGAGAUAAAAGUCAAAGCAACAGAAUUUGUUACACGAUUUGCCAUGGAUGGAAAAUUUGUUUAUGUAGAUCAGCGCGCAACAGCAAUUUUAGGGUAUCUGCCACAAGAACUUCUAGGAACUUCUUGUUAUGAGUACUGCCAUCAAGAUGAUCACAAUCACCUAGCUGAAAAACACAAAGAAGUGUUGCAGAAUAAAGAAAAAGUAUUUACAAAUUCCUACAAAUUUAGAGCAAAAGAUGGGACUUUCGUUACUUUAAAGAGUCAGUGGUUUAGUUUCAUGAAUCCUUGGACCAAAGAGCUGGAGUACAUUGUAUCAAACAACACUGUGGUAUUAGGUCAUAAGGAAUCAACUGAAGAAGAAGUCCUCUACAGUUCCCAACCUGCAGAAGAUGCUGUAAAACAGUCUUUGGUAACUGUACCUGGAAUGUCCUCUGGAACAGUUCUUGGUGCUGGAAGUAUAGGAACUGAAAUUGCAAAUGAAAUAUUAGAAUUACAAAGGUUGCAUUCUUCACCCUCUGGAGAGUUAAGUCCAUCACAUCUCCUCAGAAAGUCGCCUUCUCCAGCUUUAACUAUAAACUGCAGUGAUGUGCCAAAUAAAGAGUUGAUUCAGUUAUGUCCUUCAGAACCAGAAGCUCUGGAGAAUUCAGAACAAACGCAGGGUGCUAUUCCAUUUCCCAGUAAUGAACCUCUCCUCAGUGGCAAUUCUCAGCUGGACUUCGAUGCCAUCUGUGAGAACGACGACACGGCGAUGACGGCGCUGAUGAAUUACCUGGAGGCUGACGGGGGCCUGGGGGACCCAGCUGACCUCAGUGAUAUCCCGUGGGCUCUCUAGAGCUGCUGCUGGCAGUAAGCAAUGUCACAGACCCCUCUGCACAGCAACCCUACAUCCUCAGUACUGUACUGGAGUUUUCUCAUGGCUCCUUUGCAUUCAGACUUGCUGUCUCUGGGUUUCUAAAGACUCGAGUUGUUCAGAGAGAGAGAAUCUUCUGCUGCACCUACGGACAAAUGCAAUAUUUUUUUUCAUGAUGAGGAAACCUCGAAAUUUUAAUAUUGAACCAUCUCUAACUGGAAUGCUUAGAACACAUUAGUAUAUUUUUGCUAAGAAGCUUUAACCAAAAGGGACUGUACAAUGUACAGGAUUACUUUUUCUUAGUUUUAAUACUUCAAACUUUUAUUUAUUGUUUUUGUUUCAAGUUGCAGAAUACUGGUUAUCCAAGUUACUUUCUAUAGAACCUACUGUACUUACAUGGUUUGAGAAUAUUUGUAACUAUUGAAUUUAAGUGAAAUAAUGAUUUGCACACACUACAGUUGUAAAAUAAGGUAUUGUAAUUCUCAAAUGAUGCAGUUUGUGAUUCCUUGCACUUCUCAGCAGUGCAAUUUUUGCAGUCAAAGGUGAAAAUGAAGCCUAGAGUUCUGGGAGCAAGGAUUGGGGUUGGAUCACCCUAAUAAACAGAAGAGAAUGUUUUGAGAAAAACAGUCAUUUUCCCAGUACACAAACAUGAGAAGGGUGUAAGAAAAGAGCAACAAACUAUUAAUUACUGUUUUGUAUUAUUUGUAAUGUAUUAUUAGAGAGGCAGUGCAUAGAAACAGAGAAAAAUUAUGCUCUAUUUGUGAUAAAGCACUUUGGUUUUGUCCCAGGUUCUUUACUAGCUAGAGGAGUGUGAAUGGAUAGUCUUGCUUCCCGAGUGAGGCUUGCACUGUCUGUUGGUGAAAAAAAUGUUUAAAUUCUGGGGCAUCUUUUAUGUUUUUGGAGAGAGUGGGAGAAUUUUCUACUGCUUGAGUGUGUGACUUUUUAAAAACUCUCUGUACUAUAGCUUUGUAAGUAAAUGCUAUGCAGGAUGAUCUUUUGGGAACAGCUUUUGCAAGGAUUGUAUCCCAGUUACAGCAAAGGACUCAAGAACAUGGCACUUUAGAGGCUGCAUUAGAACAACAUAGCACUAAUAUAGCGAGAGGAUAUUUUUAUCUCUGGUAUUGAAGGUUUAAACAAAUUUUUGCAUCGAUUGUAUAUCAUAAAAUUACAGAAUUUUUUUCAUGUUUUCUUCAUGUUUGGGUUUUGUUUUUUUAAUUCAGGUAAUGAAAGGAAAGCAUUUGAAGAUAUCUGAUAGACGUGCGUCUUUUUUAUACAGACAUUUAAAUGUAGGUACAACCCUAACCUCUGUCGCUCCAGGAGAGGAUGGCAGCCUGGGCUGGUGUUUCUAGGAAGGCUGGAGUUGGGAACAGAUGGAUGUGGCCAUCACUAGAUGUCAUCCUUGUGCUGCUGGGGAGCCACCCUGUCCUCAUGGGGACACAGUCUGGACAUGAAGUGGCUUGCUCUGUUCACAGAGCAUAUUAUGGAUAAUAGGACUCCUUUGGCAAACGAUGCAUUUUUGGUGAUGGUGAUUUGCUAGAAUGGCUUCUUGGAUUGAUUUUUUCUUUUUUUUUUAACUCUAUAGACUUUUUUUUUUUUUUUUGCAUUUAAUUUGGAUGUCAUUUCCUGAUCAUUCAGAUCUCUUUUUUACAUACAUGGGGCCAAAAUCAUCAGUUCUCUUGCUUUAUUAGAAGGAACUUUUCUGCUUUUUCUGAAUUUUGGGCUAUAUCAUGGAGAGAAGCGGAAGAAAUAAACAGGCACUUUCUAAGAACUGAUAGAAGUCUAUUUGUGUAAAUGAAAUUUGAGAUUCUGCCAUUGUAAAAUGCAUUUUCUCUUUUCUAUUCUAGAAGUAAAUUCUGAAUAAACCAGCAAAUACUGUAGCUCAUAGAUAAAUGACUACCUAAAUAACUUAAAAUUAUACAGACUUUAUUAGAACAAGUUUUUUAACUGGAUUAGUUUGGAAACAUGGCAGCUGUUGUUACUGCAGGAGCAAAUUAAUUCUUUCACAAGAUUUAUAGAAGUGUCUAGACUCAAACCACUAUUUUUGGAUUCUUGGCUAUCCCUAAAAAAUAAAACCAGAACUGUAACUUUGAGUCUUUUGCAGUUGAUGACAAAUAUUGUGACUUUCAAUUCACUUAUUAGAUUCUCCCUUUACUAUUUGUAAUCUUUUUUUCUGGCUUAAAGCAGCCUUUUCAAGAAAAAGUGUCACUUGUAAAUAUUUCUGGUGAAAUUAAUAGGUAUUUUUGAAUACAAUUGAGAUAGUAUGUGCUUAUCUUUCUUUGUAUAACAGCACAAGUCUAGUAAGAUACUGACAGUUUGUUCCUGGCAUGGUGCAGGUAAUGGCAGGAUGUGGUUAAACCAGGUCAAUAAAUACUAUUUUGAUGCCCUGC